CUCCAGGCCGAGCCAACCAACGGUGACCCGUUUCAGCUGAGAUGCCCAAAUCUGAUAAUAACUGUUGCGUUCACCUUCGGUACCAGCUACACGACCGUUGGUAUACGGCAAGCUAGAGAUCCGACACGAUGUAUAGAUCACCAUGAAUCGAUUGACAAACGCCUUCGCCUCGGCGACGGGUAUUCCCCACCCUCCCGAAGUGCUCCCUUCCAGUUCCUCAACACCUCCCCAAUCGACUCGACGCGACUCUUCUCGACAUUCAAGGGUAGAGUUGAACUAUGCUCAAAUCUACGAUGAUCCCCGUCGGACCAUCUUCUACGCUGCCGAGACAUCCCAGAGCAGUGCGAGUUCUUUCAAUGGGAAUUCGAGGUCCAGUUCUUUACCUAGAUCUAUCGGGCGUCGAGAGAGACACCCGACUAUUUGGGAAGCGGACAGGUCUCCUCGUUUGAAAGUACGAUACACAUUUGGUGGUUCGAAAGGAGAAGGGAAGAGAGGUUGGGGAGUAUCAACUAUACCGGGCAGUAGUCGGAUCAACUGUAUGGCUAAAGGUCCAAAUGGACGAUAUGCCAUUGGAGGAGGCCAAUAUCUUCGAAUCAUCCAAGUCAAGUCAUCAAAAGAUCAUUCACCUGAACGUAUGGACGAAGUGGUCAAUCUGUGGAAACCUAGCUAUUUGGUCGAUAAGAGCAUAUCAGAUCUUGAUUGGGGAGCUCAUGACUUGUCUAGCAAAAUCUUCUCUGCUGCACCGAGCGGCAAUUUUCUGAUCUUUGACGUGAACAAGGGCAAGCUGGAUCGGGAAGUUCGAGGAGGUCACUCGAGACCUAUCAACGUGAUUCGAGUCUGUCAAUCACAAUCACACAGUGGGAUCAUCAUCACAGGCGGGACGGAGGGUCAAGCGAGAAUUUUUGACAUUCGACAACGUGAACCAAACACCAAGAAGCACUACAAGCAUUCUGGAGCUAUCACAUCCCUGACGUUUGCCCCUGAAUCACCACAUCAGUUCCUUGUGGGAUUAGACAAUGGAUCAAUUCAGCGAUACGACCUCCGAAAUCAGUACAAGGCUACAGGGAGGAUAUGGGGUGCCCAUGGCAAUAAGGCAGUCAUGGAUCUGAAGUGGAAAGAUGGGACGAGUGGGUGGUUGGCCAGUGCCGGCGAGGACAGAACGGUACAGAUCUGGGACAUGUCGCAGAGCUGGGAGCGACCCCCGACACCGACUCACACGUUGCAUAUCGCACAGCCAGUCCGGCGGAUCGUCUGGCGGCCCAAUCAUCCCACGGACCUGGUGGUGAUCCCUAAUGCGUCCCCUCUAUCGGCUAUCGACCCAACAAUAGCAUCUAUACCGCAAGGCCUGGAGUCCUACCAGACUAUCGAGAAUAAUAUUGAGAUAUGGGACGUCAGGCGUCAUUACGUACCAAAAUACGCUGUUCCUAUCGUGUCCGAUGGGACACCAAUAGACCUCGACUGGUGGGAUGAUGAUCGAUUGGUCGGCGCUUUUCCUGGCUCAUUCACCGAGAUCGACAUCCGGGAGAGACUUUUACCCCUUGAGAAUCUGCCGAGGCAGAUCAUGGCUUGGUCACCGAGAGGAGAGCUCGUGUACGCCUUGGACAAAUUUCAGCUGGGUGAAAUACCAUUUGACGAUCCACAGCCUGAACUCGCUAAUCAUUGGGAUCGGAUCGGUAAACGUCCAAAAGCUAUUCAAGAUACCGCAUAUGAACCCGUUCAAGCACUGGGCACGUUGGCUCUAGCAGACGUUGACGAGGAGGAUUUCGAAUUUUUGGCUCAGAACUACAGGCUUGAAGGAGGUUCAGCUGUAAAUAUUUGCCUUUGGAACCGUAGCGUCGCCGAGCAUUGUGGACGCCAUGAUGAUGCUCGACUUUGGUCGUUCCUCCAAGUUUUGAUAGACGAAUUCACACCUCAUUCCCCCACCGUCGACCCCUUCUCAGCACCAGCGAUGCCCAAGUCAGAUCUGCCUAGUCCUUCUCUGUCACCUCGACAGACGGCGGUCAGCGCACGGCGCUCCCCUAGCCCCAUCGCACUGGAAAGAAUCGAUGACACGUUGGACGAUAUAGAAGAGCUAUUGACCAUUUCUUCAUCUUCUUCAAGCAUCGCAAACCAGGCCAUUCAGCCUUCCCGUGGUAUCCACCCAAGAGUAUUCACUUUUGCUCCGUUCCCGUCGACACUAUCGAGGACAGAUAGCGAGAAACCAUCUCCUCAACCACGUCCUAUUGUUCCCAGUCUCCCAUCUACAUUUACCAGUCCUCCCAUCUCUUCUGGCCGAGGUACCCCUCGACCUCUUCUCGCUCAGAUUGCCGAUAGGACGGGAAGACGAAUGUCUGCCCAAGUCACUGCUCAACUUGACGAUGGGAACGACGAUGAGGAUGACGAUGAUGAUUAUCCAGAUCCUUACGGUGUCAUGCCGUCGGCAGUGGUACCAAUCCCUAUACGGUCCAACUCGGUCGCCCAAAGCUAUGGUCGAGGAAGCGCUUCGAGCGGAUCAACAGCGAGAGCUAGUAAUGCACAUCAAACUCGACCGCCAAGAGGUUCCAACGACUUUCUUGAUACAAGUAACAGCCAGAGAAAUCUCUCCACGACCAUGACAUCCACGACCGACAUUUCCCGACCAAUCCCUACGACUCGUUCCCCUCGGUCGUCGCAUAAACCUAGUCCACAGGCUGCGGCUGUCCCUCCCCCGCGUGUGGACUCACCAAUCAAAAGGGUUCAGCUACCGCCCGCUUCGCUGGAUCCGAAUGGAAUGAUAUCGCCCUGGGGUAAGGUCGAUAGGUCGAGUGAAUUCGGACAGGAGGAAUGGACGGCGUACAAGAAGCAGAGAAUGGCCCCGCUGUUGGCUUGGUGGUUGGCUUAUGUGGACGAUGGCGAGGUGCAACUUGCCAGCACAUUGCUCGUUGUGGGGAGGGAAUAUGUCGAUUUCCCAGUAGCUCAAUCGGAACGCAUCGUACAUGCUUACCUGGAAUUGCUUGAGGCUCACCAUCUCGCUGUGCAAGCUGCUUACGUCAAGAAGUAUGCCGGCCUCGAUUCCAUGGAGACCCGAGCAGGGGAUGACGGUGUGACCCAUGUAGUUCACUGUGCAUCCUGUGGCCGAUCCACGGGGUCUGUGGAGAUUUCUCAUGAAGAAGCAUCUUUCUGGUGGUGUAAGCGAUGCAAGAAGAACGCUAGGUAUUGUGUGGUCUGUCAUCGGCCAGUCAAAGGUCUGUACCUUGGUUGCAGGCAGUGUCAUCACGGAGGGCAUCAGAAAUGCAUGAGGCUACAUUAUCUCGAAUCUGAACCUCGAGAAUACAUGUCAGUCGCUCGUGCCGGUCAAACAGACAAGUCACGGACGUCUGGUGAGACGUACAGAUCCAGUGGGGAUGAUCUCAAACACAUGUCCGAUACGACUCCUCCCACCGCCAUCAAGACUUGGAACCCCUGUGCCACUGGAUGUGGAUGCAAGUGUAGGAUCACUGUAGGGUUUGCGGAAGAGUUAUGAGCGGACCAAGCGGCGUAAUCUGUUGCCAUUUCAGUCAUAAUGACCUAAUAAUCAUGACAUUGUCAUUGACGACGAUCGCUGGAAUAUAUCUUUUAUCCCGCCGAAUGUGGCACUUUCGUCAGUGGCGUAAACCUAUUCCCAGGAGCAAUCUGAUAAAAAAGAUCAUAUCAUCGCCGGGCCUCGGCUUGGCUUCUCGGGGCGAUUGCUGGUAGCAACAGCAACAGCAGCAGCAGCAACAGCAGCAGCAGCAACAGCAGCAGCAGCA